AUGUCUAACAAGCCACAAACAGCCCAAGACAAGCCGCAACCAUCUCUUUUAAAUACAUUGAAAAAACUUGGUGGAUUUAGUUGGAGAGCCAUUGUGGAACCUGCAAUCAGCGGAAUGUGUAUGGCUUUUGGGCAAUUCUUUGUUCGCAAAGUGGUCUAUUACAUGCAUUACGAAAAUUUAUCCUUUACUCAGACCAUUCUGAAAGGAUGGCAUCGAUUUUUAGCUGAUUUCCUUCCUGUUCAUACCUCUUCAUCACAACCUACCACAACUUUUCAACAAUAA